UUCACACGGAUGUGGAUUUCGACCAAAAAAACCCACAUGUGGAGGAAAACAUUAUCGUGUCCUCUCUAAAUCUAACAUGGAAUUAAACGUAAAGACAACGAGCUCGCAGGCGUUGCUGUCGUGUGGUAACGGAGCAGGUCUCAGUGAGAAGCUUCUCCUCAAUCCAAAAGCUGGAAGAUCACUGCAGACAGAGAGAGUCCCCAGAAGCAGCGUUCUGGACCGGCUGCAGAGCUUCCUCCCUCAGAUGGCGGAGGCCAACGAGAAGCUGAAAAGACAGAUGGAGGAGGCUCCUGCUGGACGCUUUGACAUAGAGAGUGUGGACGAGGCAGAGAGGGUCAUAGAGAUGGAUGUAGCACUCGUGGAGCUCAAUGAGUCAGGUGACAGCGAGACGUCGGACUCUGAGGAGUCGGACUGCAGCGACGAUGACGGCGAGGUCACAGAGCAGAACUUUAAACUGCCCGGAGACAAAGGCAAGAAAAAGAAAGUCAACAUCCUGGUUCUGGACCAGCAGGGGAGUAGACGAGUCAGACAGAGGGACCUUUAG